CAGCUAGCAGGAUGAGGAUGCACUCACAGGCUUUGCUCGUCGUCCUCCUCUCCUCUCUGCUCGCCGGAGCAGCCAAUGCCGAGGCCCCCCGCGAGCCUACUAACAAGGAUUGCCACCCCCGCGACAGGGCCGCGAUGCUCGCCAUCAUGGCUGCCCUUGGGCAGUCAGGUACACCCUACCCCGAAAACUACUGCUGCGACUGGUUCGGCGUCACUUGCGACAAACUCACCGGACGCGUCGUCGGCCUCUCCCUCUUCCAACAGCCACAACUCACGGGCACCAUCCCCGACGCCAUGGCCAACCUCAUCCACCUGCAGGACCUCUUCCUGCACCACAUCCCGGCGCUGUCGGGUCCCAUACCUCCGGCGAUCGGCAAGCUCUCCAACCUCACGAGCCUCCACAUCGCCUGGACGGCCGUGUCAGGCCCCGUGCCGUCCUUCCUGGCCACGCUCACAAAGCUGUCCCAGCUGGACCUCUCCUUCAACUCGCUCACCGGCGCCAUCCCGGCCUCGCUGGGGAGCAUCCCUAACCUGUCCGGGAUCAACCUCAGCCGCAACCGCCUCACCGGCGCCAUCCCGUCGACGAUCUUCAGCAAGUCCGCGGGGAACGUCUACCUCUAUCUGUCGCACAACAACCUCACGGGGCCUCUCCCCGCCGAGUUCGCCGACAUGAGCUUCGUGCAGCUCGACCUGUCGCGCAACGCCUUGACGGGCGACGCGUCCCGCCUCUUCGGUCGCGGGAAGGCAUUGCAGUACUUGGACCUAUCCCGCAACGCCUUCGAUUUUGACAUGUCGGGCGUGGUCUUCCCGGAGCAGCUUGACUUCGUCGACCUGAGCCACAACGCCAUCAGUGGCAGCAUCCCGGCUCAGGUAGCGAACCUGACCAACCUGCAGUUCUUCAACGUCAGCUACAACCGGCUCUGCGGCGCACUGCCGACCGGUGGGAAGAUGCCCACUUUCGAUCUCUACAACUUCCAGCACAAUAAGUGUCUGUGCGGUGCCCCCUUCUUCCCUUCAUGCAAGACAUAAGUAGAAUUAUCUGGUUUUAACAGAGUAACGAGAUGAUGAUGCUUCACGUACUGAGCUUCCUUUAUAUAUGUCGAUCAAUUCGACCGUAUUGAUUAUUUAUUUCCCUGGAUUAAGAGUUACGCUGAAAUAAAGUUAAGAUGA